CAUCAUCAUUGGAUGCUGCAAACAACCUUGAGUGCACACACUCCAUGGACCAACAACAACAACAAACCACCCCCGCCAUGAGAAGGACUCUUCUUGUUUUCAAUUGCUUUUUGUUAGCCGUCGGUACCUGCGGUGGUCCUUUGCUUAUGCGUUUGUAUUUCCUUCACGGCGGAAACCGCGUCUGGCUCUCCACCUUUCUAGAAACCGGCGGAUGUCCAAUUAUUUUCAUCCCCUUGCUAAUUAGUUACAUUCAUCGCCGCCGGCGUCGUGCCCACUCCCUUAACCCAUCGGAAUCUACCAACUCCACCGAGAUGAUCUUCAUGAAGUCACGCCUAUUUUUAGCCUCCGGUGUCAUCGGCAUCAUCACCGGCUUCGUGGAUUUCUUAUACGCUUACGGCGUCGCUCGAAUACCCGUUUCCACGUCAGCUUUAAUUCGUGCGUGUCAGCUGGCGUUCACAGCAGGCUUCGCGUUCUGGCUAGUGAAACAGAAAUUCACAGCCUAUUCAAUAAACUCCGUCGUUUUGGUUACCGCCGGAGGGGCAAUUUUGGCAUUACAUACAAGUGGAGAUCGCCGUGCCGGAGAAUCCAAUAGAGAAUACAUCGAAGGGUUCUUAACGACCGUAGCAGCGUCGGUUGUGUACGGAUUCAUUCUGCCCCUUGUGGAAUUGACCUACAAAAAAGCUCGUCAGCAAAUCACCUACACUUUAGUCCUUGAAGUUCAGUUGAUUAUGUCAUUGUUCGCCACCCUCGUAUGCUCCAUUGCCAUGUUAAUCAACAACGAUUUCCAGAUGAUUGCAAUGGAAGCUGAAGCAUUUGGAUUAGGAAAGGCCAAAUACUAUGUGAUAUUAGUAUUGAGUGCCAUAAUUUGGCAAGGUUUCUUUUUAGGAGUGAUAGGGGUUAUUUUCAGCUCCUCAUCUUUUUUUUCCGGGAUAAUAAUCGCCGUCCUAUUGCCGGUCACUGAGAUUCUUGCCGUUGUCACUUUCAAUGAGAAGUUUCAAGCGGAAAAAACUAUUUCUUUGAUACUCAAUCUUUGGGGUUUUGUAUCUUAUUUUUAUGGUGAAAUUAAACACAACAAAAAAAAGAUGAAGAACUUAGAGCUCCAAAGACGUGCAGAAACAACGACUACUCAAAUUACAAACAUCUAAAUUAAACAAGAUUAUAUAUCAAUUAAACAACCUUCCACUCUUCAGUAAUCCCAAUAUAUCGAUU